AUGGCAAUGCUUUCGCAAAAGGAACGAGAUAAACGGUCGGCGGAGAAGAAAGACCUAACUUUCCACGCAUAUUCGAUAAUACCGGAGAGUGUUCACACUUCAAUACUGCUUUUGAAGUCUACUGAACCGGAGAUACUAUGUCAGACACUUCGAGCGAUAACAAAGUUCUCCUCCCAAGAUAUUCAGAACCGCUACGUGCUAUUCAAUAUGAACGCGAUCCACUACAUCUUACCACAUAUAGAACACCGUGAGCUACAUGUUCGCAGGUUCGCGCUAAAAGCUCUAGCGCAGCUCUGCCAACUGCCGCGUGGCCGAGAGCAAGUGCUGGAAGACCCGCAGAACGUGAAGAAGAUCGCGCACAUGUUGGUCAAGAUUGAAGAUGUAUUCGUCCUAGAAUUUGCAUCACUUGUUCUAUCCGAGCUCACCAGAGAGCCGCUCGGUUGCAAGCAAUUGUUGUCUGCCAAUAUCCUGAGCAGCCUAUUCUCGAGGAUGAAGAACAGCCUUGACCCUGAUGUGCAGAAAAAUUGCCUUCAGACCCUCAGCAACCUACUAGACGACCCGGUCUGUGCUUCAGAAGUAGUCAAGAGCAAGCAAUUCAGUUGGCCCUCAAUCCUAGCACUGAUACAUAGCAAGUACCUGGCCAUACAAAAGGCAGCAUUUAGGACGGUGGAUCAGCUGAUAUGUCGGUACAAUGAUGAAGCGGUGCAGAAGACUUUUAGAUCUUCCGGGGGGGUGUUGGACCUUUGUGAUAGUUUAGAGUCGUACGAGUUCCACGACGCUCACGCGGUGGUGUUAAAGAUUCUCUUAAACUUCGUCGGAACCGAAGAGAACGCAUCUCAUGUAUACCAGUCCGGAUGUAUUCUGCGGCUGCUUGCAUACUUGGAGAUAGCGCUGCCGACGAUGAAGCCCUACUGCUUGGCUGUGCUCACCAAGAUAUCCUUCUCUUCUAGCGGCAGAGACGCUCUAUACGAGACGGAAAUAGACCUGGUCUUCUGCCAGCAACUCCUCGAAUCCGACGUGGAUCUGCUGGCUGAUGCGGCGAUGGGCGUCGCCAACAUGACCAUGCUGUUGCCCUCUGCAGUGCGCAUGUCCGACACCAAUAUUAUCGAGGCCCUUUGUGCGAUAGUAAGCGACAACGCAGCGGCGUGGUUCUACAUCAGAAUUAACGCGCUACAGGCUCUGGCCGCCCUCUGUCUGAAGAUCCCGAAGGCGGCAUACAAUCUCGUGGAGCCGAAGACGUUUGCAGCUCUAAGGAAUAUUAACAAAAAGUUUAAAGAUACCCCAAUAGAAGCACAGCGUCUGGCCAUGGAGUGCUACAUUAAUCUCCAGACUUACCACGUGAGCAUGAAGGCCAUGCUCAAUGUUGACUUCAUUCAAGAGGUGGUUAACAUCUUGCAGCGUAUUGACAUCAGUAUGAAGAAGAUGGCUUGCAACGUGCUCACUGGUCUAAUGGUCGAGCCAGUCGCAAAAGACUGGUUCACCCUCUGCAAGGGCGAGGAGGUGGUGUCAACGAAUCUGCACAUCAAACACGUCGGGCUUAACACGGCGUUGUGCACGCUCAUCACGGCCUGCGUGACGGAUGAAGGAGCGGAUGAGUAUCUACGCCUUGGCACUGUGCAUUUUAUGGUUGAAAAUCGUUUAGCAAGAUACGUGGUGAGUACCUGGGAGCCCGCCCUUGAGGCGAUCUUCCGGCACCAACCCUCAGCUAAGCUGGCCUAUACUGGACGGCUGGAUAUAAACGACUAUACUCAGGAAGGCUUCUACGUUCAAAAGCGGCUGUCCUCUCCGUUCCCCACCAUCCAGCAGCUGAUGGACAAACCCCCACCCCACGAGGACCCCGUGUUCAUAUCCCUGUUCCAACCGCCAGUCUCCGAACCCGGGGUUGAUGCUGGCAUCGAUUUCGAACAACAUCAGUCCCGCGGUAUAUCGUCGUCGAUUAUGACUUCCUCCUCGAUGAGGAGGCGGCCGCCGCUUCCUGAUGAUAUCAACUUACGAGAAUACGUUCUGCAGCAGCGGCUCUGGUUUGGCGAUCCCGUAAAAUCUGUACGAUAUAUCGAGAUAGAAGACGCACAUUAUGAAGUGAGAUAUCGAGACAAAUGCCACGAAGUUUCCAUGUCGCUAAAGGAAAGAGCGCAGUUGCUAGCCGAAUUUGUAGCGGAGCAGAUGCGUGGAACAACCCAAGAGAAGGACUGUACCAUGCCCUCCGUGGCCCUACACCUGUCAAACAUAAUGAAUGACCUGGAUUCUUGUGUGAUAGGCCUGGGAUGGGUCCGCUACGGUGGCGCGUUGGAGAGAGCACUUUUAUACAAGGUGUUGGCUGACCGUGUCGGCUUGCCGUGUGCGCUACACAGGCGAAGUUGCGCGCAUGCGUGGUGCGAAGUCGCUGUUCCUGAGGGUUCGGAAAAUGCAAUGAAGGAAGGAAACUACCCUGCAGGCUUACUCCGCGCUAAUUACGUGGUGGACCUGAUGGUGAAACCGGGGCGGCUACUGCCGCUAGGGGGGGAGGACGCGAGACGUGUGUGCGGGUGUGAUCCCGCGCAGCCCCGUUAUACGUCGCGCGCGGCUAAAGGAUGCUUCUGCAAGACGGACACGCUAAAGUCUUUGAAAUAA